CAACUGUUUUCUGACAUAACAUCUACUAUUCUAGCAUGUCUUCUUUGCCUCUUUUCCGUAUCAAAAGUCACUAAUUUGAUGGAAAAACCUAAGAUGUAAAAAAGAACCAGGCUUUCCAGCAAGAUAUGAAUAACUAAAAUCACAAAUGUUAGCAAAGGGAAAGGGGGAAAUUCUUGAAGUUCAUUAUAUGAUAGGGACUAGGAUACUUGAAUAUGUUUAUUAUAUUUAAUUAGUUCAUCAUUAACUCUUCUGCUUCUGGUACUUUUUCCAGUUACACAGUUUAUCUUUUACCCACAUGUGUAUUUAUUACAGGCAUCCAACUGCCGCACAAGUUCAGGCCAAUGGAAGAAAAGAGCAGCAGAAAUUGAAUGAAACCCAAAAGCAAGAAAUUAAAGAGGGCUUUGAUUUAUUCGAUGUUGUUGGGUCUGGAACCAGAGAUGUGAACGGACUGAAGAUUGCAAUGUGGGCCUUAGGAUUUGAACCAAAGAAAGAAGAAAUUUAAAAAAUGGUAGCUGAAAUUGACAAAGAAGGAAUCGGCACCAUUAGUUUUGAAGAUUUUUUGGCCAUAAUGAAUGUAAAAAUGAGUGAAAAAGAUGAAAAAGAAGAAAUAUUGAAGGCUUUCAAAUUGUUUGAUGAUGAUAAUACAGGAAGUAUAUCACUAAACAAUAUCAAGGGGGUUGCUAAGGAACUAGGGGAAAAUUUGACAGAUGAUGAACUUCAGGAAGUGCUUGAUGAAGCUGAUCAUGAUGGGGAUGGAGAAAUAAAUGAGGAAGAAUUUUUGAGAAUGAUGCAAAAGACCACUUUUUAUUAAUACUGUUUUUUGUUCCUUCUGGCAAGUUGUUAACAAGUUUGUAUUUAAGUUCCAUAAUAUCUGUAUGUAUUCAUUUUCAGUGUUUAGUUUAUGUACACAAACUGGCCUUUUGUUAUCUAGUCCAUGUGAGAAGUUACAUGUUUCUACCAAUAUGUUGUUAAAUCUGUAGCAUCAAGAAACAAAGGAAAUGUAGUGACUUCCUUGAACCAUGAAUCUGAGAACAGUAUUAAUUCCAAGUGCUAUUUUUAGAGCCCCAGGGUCCAAAGACUUAGAUUUUUUUUUUUAAUUUAAGGAAAUCAGCCCCACAUCAAAUGAAUUUGACAAGCAAGCCAUUACUUUCCCUGUUACUUUCCUUUUGUGCAACGCUAAAAAUGAUGAACAUUUGCUUUUUUACCAAUUAUUCAGAUACAUAAAGCCUUAAAUAAAACUAUCUGGCAACUUCA